UCAUCUGGGAGGUGGGUCCCGCGCGGGUCCGCCGCCUCCUCCCUGGCCCCACCCUCUAGUCUCUUUCGUUUUCCUGGGGCCCCGGGGCGCGGAGAAGCUGCAUCCCAGAGGAGCGCGUCCAGGAGCGGACCUGGGAGUGUUUCAAGAGCCAGUGACAAGGACCGGGGCCCGAGGCUGCCCAAGUCCCACCAGCCAUGCAGACCUGCCCCCUGGCGUUCCCUGGCCCCGUUUCCCGGGCCCUUGGGGCCCUCCUGUUCCUGGCUGCCUCCUUGAGUGCUCAGAAUGAAGGCUGGGAUAGCCCCAUCUGCACAGAGGGGGUAGUCUCUGUGUCUUGGGGCGAGAACGCCGUCAUGUCCUGCAACAUCUCCAACGCCUUCUCCCAUGUCAACAUCAAGCUGUAUGCCCACGGGCAGGAGAGCGCCAUCUUCAAUGAGGUGGCUCCAGGCUACUUCUCCCGGGACGGCUGGCAGCUCCAGGUUCAGGGAGGUGUGGCCCAGCUGGUGAUCAAAGGCGCCCAGGACUCCCACGCUGGGCUGUACAUGUGGCACCUCGUGGGACACCAGAGAAAUAACAGACAAGUCACACUGGAGGUUUCAGGUGCAGAACUCCAGUCCGCCCCAGAUGCUGGGUCCUGGCCUGUGCCAGCAGUGGUCACUGCCGUCUUCAUCCUCUUGGUCGCUCUGGUCAUGUUCGCCUGGUACAGGUGCCGCUGUUCCUAGCAGUGCCGGGAGAAGAAGUUCUUCCUCCUAGAACCCCAGAUGAAGGUCAGAGCCCUCAGAGCAGGAACCCAGCAGGGCCUGAGCAGAGCCUCCCCUGACCUGUGGACCCCAGACUCCAAGCCCACCCCAAGGCCGCUGGCGCUGGUGUUCAAACCCUCAGCACUUGGAGCCCUGGAGCUGCUGCUGUCUCCCCAACCCUUGUUUCCAGAUGCCACAGACCCACAGCCGCCUGCAAGGCAGAGAGGACACAGGAGAGCCAGCCCUGAGUGCCGAACUUGGGUGGCGGGGCCUGGGCCUCUCGUCCCACCUGGAUAGCUUGGACACCGGCUUGCUUGGCAGGCUGGGCCUCUGUGUCACUGACUCCAGGGCGGGUGCAGACCCUUCCCCUCCACUCCCCAGGUCUUCCAAGCUCUGCUUCCUCAGUUUCCAAAAUGGGACCACCUCGCCGCCGCAGCACCUGACCUACCAGGACCCAUGCCCCUCCCUCCGCCCUCAUCAAACCCACAGACCCGGGCUCCCUUUCUGCCACCCCAGGCUGAGUCCAGCCCUAGGUGUGGGGUCUGCUCUCUCCACUCCCAGGGCUCCGCGCCCAAGUGAGGGGGCCUCUGCCGGAACCUCAGACACACUCCAGUUCAGGGCUGUAGGGGGCCUUGGCCACAUAGCUGUCCCUCGCCCAUGAGCAAGGGCAGGCUUUGGGGGCCCUUCCGCAGCAGCCCCAGGGGCCAAGGUGGGGUGGAGGGGUUAGAGGCUGGGAUGGCUCCUGGCCCCACCGCCAGGGGGCAGCGCAGGCCGGGCCGGGAGGAGGCAGCGGCGGCUCGGGCUCGGGGGUUGGGUGGACGCUGCCCUCUGGGGCCGGACGUGCAUCCCUCAGUCCCUCGGCCACCCGGGGGGUCGCUCCCUCGUGCCCACCGCGGCUGCCGAGCCUCCUUGGACCCAGAUCUGUUCAUGCUUUUGUCUUUAUCACUGCGGCGGAGCCCUUUGAUGUCUUGAUAUGUGUCAGGUGAAAAAAUAACCGGGAACCCCCUUCAGUUCUUUGAAAAAGUUCCAUGACUCGAAUCUCUGAAAUGAAGAAAAACUGACUCACAAACCUCCAAGUAGCUCCAAAUGCAAUUUUUAAAAUGG